AUGCAGAAGCUUGGAGUUAUUCCAGAGUCACAACAGCAGCGACACCAGGGGCGGACGGGCUUUGAUGGUGGUGGAGAUGGUGGAUUCUGUCUGAACAUACCUCGCGGACUCAGUAGGGGGAUCAACUUACCUCCGUGUCUUCAAGCUUCCCCCCUCUCCUCCCUCUCCCCCCUCUCUCCCUCUCCGACCUCUCCCCCCUCUCCCCAUUCUCCCCCCUCUCUCCCUCUCCCCGCCUACGUAGCCAUUACGACCAUUGGAUGCAAGGUGCAGCGCCUCACCCCAGCGCGCCUCGUGCAGCAGUUCAAGAACAAGCUGGUGGUGGUGCUGGGGGACUCGCCCAUAGGGUGCACGGUGCAGCGAUUAACCCCAGCGCGCCUCGUGCAGCAGUUCAAGAACAAGCUGGUGGUGGUGCUGGGGGACUCGGUCUCUAAGAACCUCGCGGAUUCAAUCAAGUGCACGCUGCAUGCUGCCAAUCCCCGAUCUAUUAAGACGUUCCGCCUUGCCAGCGGAAAAACAGAGCUUGCAGGGACGUGGAUCCCUCGCUACAACAUCCGGUUCGUGUCGGUGUUCUCAACGCACCUCAACAACGCAACUUCCCUGGAGGGCCAACCCAACGCUCAAGACAUCAAGGCGCUGUCGCAACAACCCGAGAGCUUGGAGUCAGUUGGAGGGAGGAGCACGGAUAGGAAUGGAACAGCUGAGGGGAUUGCAAGGAGCGCUAAUACGGUGGAGAGGAUUGAGACGAUGGCCAAUCAGCAGUCGCAGCGGAUCGAUCUGGACCAAUUGGAUCCACGCGUUGUGGAUCUUCUGCCACUCGCUGAUAUCAUCAUUUUCCAGGCGACCAACUGGUGGUACUCCCCCUCCAACCAGUACUACCUCAAGAACCGCCGAGUGAACCUGACUCGCAGCAAUGCAUACGCCAUCGGUCUCACCACGCUCAGGAACUAUGUCACUCGCUCGGCCCUAGCGGCUGCUCGCGGCUUGAAGGGGUUCAAGGGGAAGGCGGUGCUGCUGGGUGCUUCGCCCUCCCACUACAAUAUACCUGUGCCGGGGGUCAAACCGGGGUUCUGUGAAGUGCAGGAGAUGAUGACGCUGCCGCAGACAGUUGACUUCCGCAGAAGCGAUGUGAAGACCAAUGUGUUCAGAGAGGUGCAGAGGCGCGUGCUGAGGGACUCGGUGAUUCGCUACGUGGACGUGGGGCCAAUGAGUGACUGGCGCCCAGACGGGCACCUGCAGAACUGGAUAGUGUCAAGUGGCUCAACCAAGAAGAAUGACUGCUUGCACUGGUGUGAGGCUGGGGUCACAGAUGCAUGGCUGGAGAUGGUCCAUAAUACACUACUAUUCUGA